AUGGGUUGUUGUUCUCGUCCUCGGGAGCAAGGACCGGGUCAAAGGCGGAGGCGGAGGAAACCAAACGGCAACGGCGACGGCAACGGCAUCAAGCGAGUAGUUAUGCGCCAUCGGCAACGCAGGUUGGGCUGCAACAAGCUUGGUCGUCCGACUGUACCUCGUGCUAAGCAACCUUCAUGGCUGGUGGCGAGCGUGCUGCGCAGCAGUUCAGGGCGCAUUACGCAUCUUUCGGGACAUGUUUGGGACCGCCCUGAGCAAAUGGGAGUUGGAUCCCCAGAAAGAGGGGAUUAUCGGUCUUCCCUAGCGGAGCUGGGCUGCAUGUCUACGCAAUGGAUGCCUUGCACUUUGAAUAUGGCUGAUGAUGCAUCAGACGGACUUUGGCCCCCAACUCCGCCAACGAGUGCAUCGCCAUACUUCAGGCACCAGUUCCAAGAACGAAGCGGCUCCCGGUCAUUGGCUGCCGCAUGGCGAGAGCAAACGAAAACGACGCUGUCGCUUGCGGGAGGGUUGGCACUGAGAAAGGAAGCGAUGGGCCUUGCAUGCCUGUGCAGCAUGCACUGUACCAAGCAGCAAGUAUUCGGGCCUAGCACCGCUAUUGGGCCUUUGGCCUCGAGCUCCCUGGUUUUUCCCUGA